UCAGGUGGCGAGUACGGCGACAGGUACACUUUGUUUAUCGUCACGGGACAAUUUCUGUAAUAGUAAGUCGGGUACAGAUACAUAAUUCAGUGUCUUCACGCUUCGUUUACCGCGGAAAUACCUGGAAUAUAUGUUCAGGCAGACGACAGAAUACCUGUGUUUUACAAAACAAUUAGCAGGUAACGAGACAUCUUAAGUUUCUAGGAUUCAACAGAUUAUGAAUGGAUUAAUAAGACAAUACUUACAGUUCAACGGAUUAAUCUGCUAUUUCCUGAAUUAAAAGCUUCAGCUUCUAGUAAAGGGACUAUCGAAAACAUUGGAGUUGAUUUCGGGAAUACGACAAAGAACGGAUUUAUACAAAAUCAUUUUUGGAAUAUAACUAUUUCGGUUUCUGGUAUAUUGAACAACACUAACAAGAUGAGAGGAGUAGUCAUUGAAGGUCGGUGGCUGGUGGUCUUGACAAUUUGCUUCACUUUGAUGGGACGUGUCGUUGGAGAGUACAACUUCACGGUAUUCGAGACGAAACGUCUUCAUGAAAAUCUGGAAUACAAUUGUUCAAGUAUUGGUCUCCAGCUAGCCAAGGUCGACAGUCAAGCCAAGUGGGACCAAGCCAAUGACAUCCUCACAAAUUUUCAGAGGAGAAUGCCGGAAAAGGAUAUAUACAUUGGUCUCCACUACAACGAGACAUUACAGAAGUUUUUCUGGGUGGAUGGCGAAGAAAUGACUUGGACAAAAUGGUACUACAACGAGCCAUUCAAUGCGGCGCUAAGGCCGUGCGUUAUCAUGGCGGUCGAUGGAUAUCUCCAGUUCCGAACAGUCGACUGCCAAUAUGAGCUCUUCUACGCUUGUAGCAAGGAAAUUAUACCGACAACGACACCUGCUCCCCCUACGACCCAGAAAAUCUCUCCAAGCUACAACAGUCCGUACGAGAUGAUAACUGGCCUGACCGUUGGGUUUUUGGUAUUCGGAUUUAUCUCGGCUCUCUGCAUCCUCAUGUGUUGGUGCUGCUUCUUCUCAAAUGCCAAGCUGAGGAAGAAACUGGACCCUGUAAAGAUCGCCACAUACAGUAUUAGUGCUGCGCGUAACAACAAGGCCGAAUCCAGUCUCCCUCCGCCAGUCUUCAGCAAAUCUAAAACCACGGGCUACGAUAAUCCAAUGAUGGCAGGUCAGGUGUCAACUGUCGGCAAUUUUCCGCAAAAACCCAGAACAGCUCCCGUUAUAGGAUAUGGUGCAUCGGAGUUCGACGAUAUCCCGUCCAAACCAAACAGUGCAUCUUCGUAUCGCUCCGCCAGCAUCAAUGACAGUGUUCCUUCAUCAAAGGAAGGGAGCAACGAGGCUUUUGGAUUUAUGUAAAUGGAACAUGACUAUUGGCAAUAUCUGGCGAGUUGCAUCCAGACCAGGAUCAACGCUUCGACUUCAACAAUAUAUAAAUCGUAAAGAACAAAAGAAAUAUCGAUGGCUCAAAAUGAUGUUUUUUCGUAGAAAAAAUGAAACGGAACAAACUUUUCUUGAGAAGUUUUGCAUCCAAGGUAUCUACUUUUGUGUGGUUUUCAACUUUUCUUCAAAGUAAUAUCAUUUUUGAAACUAACUAAUAUUCUGUAUGAAGACAUGUGUAGUAACAGCAUUGGAAGGUAAUAGUAGUUGUUAUAAAUCUGUGUUACCAAAGUUUAUACUGCUAUGUGAUAUAAAAGAUGGCCUUGUAUGUAUGAUAGCUCAACUAACGAUACUGUGAGAGAGACAGUGUGUCAGUGAAUCCAUCCAGAGGUCUGUGUGUAUCAGGCAGUGUCAGAGUAGGAUAACUUUAAAGUAAAUGGUCUAAUCAUUGGAAAUAGGAUCCAGUACCAGGAUGCAUUUCACAGAAUUAAAACUGUUUGAAAUCUGAACAUUUGACAACGUAACCAUCAUAAAGGGGAGUUAUUCACUGCUAAGACAUUUAUUUAGCCAAUUCGUCCUUUCAGAAGUAAGACAUUUUGAAUAAACAUCAUCAAAGUGAAAGCUGAAUAAUUUUACUUAGGAAACACAAAGUAUUGAAUUUCUGUUGUUUCAGUUUAUCUCCAUAAGUGUGGAUACUCGAAAAACAAGCACAAUUGUUUCUUUUCGAUAAGUAACAUGGCGAGAGACAGUAGAUGCACGAAAAGUAGAAAGUGGUGCCGAAAGUCGAGUUAAUGCCUAUUGUUAUUUAAUGACACCGGUUGAUCAAUAUUUUUAACAGUUAUACAAUUCCGUAGUUUGCAUUCCGUCCGUACGAAUUGUUCUGUUAUUGUGUUGUUUUUGUUAAUAGUGAGUGUUGGUGUAAUAAUGUAUUGAAUUUUAAUAAUUAUAUACAGCAAAACCUAUAUGAGACCAAAUCUCUUGGAAGACCUAAUGUGGCAUAGGUCGUUUAUUUUGUUUUUAUUUUUUUAUCAUGUUUUUUAAUUAUUAUUAUUAUUAUUAUGAUUAAAUCACAGAUAAUUCGUUGUUGACUGAACAAUUGAUAAGAAACCAUUUAUAUUAAAAGGCCGUAUCGUGGUCUUCGCUAAUGUUGAUACAUGUGUGACUUGCAUAGCGUUUUAUUAGCGAUGUAUUUAAGUAGAAAUCAGUGUGGAAAUACUAAUUAAGUAAUUCAUUUGACAGGGAUGCUACUUUAUAACAGCUUCUUACCAACGCUAAUGUUAAGUGCUUAUAUUUUGAUUUUUAACUAGAAGUGUACGACAGUACCCAAGAUGUCUGUGUAGAACGACUGUAUACAGAUCUCAUAAACAUUAGACAACAAGUAUCCACUUCCUUGUAGGUACCGGGAUGAUGCUGGACAAAAUAUAGAUGUGUACCGAGACCCUUGAAAAUGUACGAGGAGAAUAAAACCAAGUGAUCUAAGAGAAUAAGCGUCUUCUGCUCCAUACGAGACAUCCGUCAUAUAAGUCUAAACCAAUCCGGGGUUAUGUCACAAUGAGAGUUAUGGUGGUAACAACGGAACCUUCUUCUGAUUCAUAGCACACAAGGAAGCAGAAGGAGAGCAUGAUGCCAUAAAACAUUCCCUAUGUCUUUAACAACCUGCAACACUCGAAACCCGAUGUUAAUUUUGCUGUCAGUGGUCAAAAGUUAUGAUCAUGGGAACAAAUCCGUGAAUAUCGUAUCAGCUUGGACAUGUUUACACGUAGGUAGAAGGAGGAGGGUAGGGAUGCUACUAUCUAGAAAUGGAAAAGUAAAAAUUGUCACGCUUUCUAUACAGCUUAUUUGUUAGCUACCCAUGCUGGUUGCGUUGAGAUCGAGAUAAACGGCUGAUGUUGAAAAUGCUAUAGUGUCCUUGAUUGCCAUAGGGUAUAUACAAUCGACAUGGUCAAUAACGUUUUUGCUUUUAAAGCUUACGCAUGUUCUAUAAACUAUAGUUGAAAUUUAAGGUAUUUGCAUGGUCUCUGUUGCCUCGCGUGAUAAAGUAUUUAAUAUAACCAACCUCAGACAAAACCAAAAGAAGUAAGCCAACAGAAGGGCAGAGUUCGGGGGUGCCUAUAGUCCGUUGGAAGAUCUGGCACAAACUUGCAUUGCCUGAUUGGUAUAAAAAGGAAACCAGAGCGAAGUAGCGUAGGAUGUCGCUCUACUGUUUAUUGUCAUUGAUCAACAUGGUAACUGUUAUAUAAUUCCGUAUUUGUAUGUGUACCUUAGGCUACAUGCUGCCAAUGUUCUCCAUUUUCAGCUUAACUGGAUAAGAACGUAUUCAAUACGAUUUACAAAUUUUAUCUGAUAUGUAUUUAUCCAAAUCGGUGGAACCAAAAUGAUAGCGCGAUUUGGAUAUCCUCACAAACAUUGGUUGUUUCAGCAGGCAUUGAUAUUUUACAACGAAAGCAUGAUUUGAUUAAUUUCUAUCAGUACCACCUCUUCUUCUAUCAAUAAGCCUACCUAGUACGCCAUUUUAAAUUAAGUUUUGAAUAUUUUAUAUGAUCGAUACAGAAAUACUGGCACGUGUGUAGCGCUAGUUAACUCAUUUGCACGUACUUAUAUAUGUACAAAACCUGCCUAGUUGGCAUUGAAGUUGAAGCAUAUUUUAAAAUAUUAUUUAUAUCAUAAUAUUUAGUAUUAUAUACACCAUCCUUAUUCCCUGAAGACCAACUAAAAGUAUUCCUCCUUUAAAUGAAUGUUUAACCCGAGUCUAUAAAUAGACGCAUGCUCCCACACACAUGUAUGAUGGUAUCAUAGUAGGUUUAAAUUCAUUUGAAUUAUGUUUGUAAUAAUUAUAUUUGAUCGCCUAUCACAGUUUUCUUUUUUGAUUCACUUCAUUACCAUUCUAAUUUGCUCCAGGAUAUUUUUUUCAUAUAUUAUAUAUUUUUGUAUAGUAUAAUACCGUCCAUGAUAUUUUAGCUUAUUUUUGUGUGCAUGAUGAUUAUCUAAUAUCAUCAAAGAUUUUUGAAGGAGAGAACACAUAUAUGGUAUGUAUUAUUCAUGUAUAUAAUAUAGUAACUCAAAUGACGAUGGAAGACAACUUUAUGACUCAUGCCCUGACCGGGCCUUGAACUCACGAUCUACGGCAAUAAUCGCCUAUCCAUAGAUAAAGAACAAACAUUUCGAGGUUGUUUUUUUCUGUGGAUAAAUCUACAUCCAUAUUCUAGGAUAAAACAGAAUGUUACAUUUAUUAUUGGAACACCUCCUUAUGGAUUAAUAACGGAGAAACAUAUUAUACUCCAGUGUGAUAUUAAUAAGAAAAAAUGCUUUCAGCUUUAGAAUGAUGCUAUUGCCAAGCUAAUGUAAAUUUACCAAACUAAAUGCCUUAGAUUUUCUGAUUUUACUAUAUGCUGUGAUAAAUUUUGUUUUGUUUCUAAUAAAAUCAUGUUGGUGUUGUU